UAUCCUAUUCAUAUUCCAGCGCACAGCGAAUACGCGCGAUGGAGUAUUUAGUCGGGAUACAGGGGAAGGAUUUCGUCCUCGUCGCCGCCGACAAUGUCGCAGCCAGCAGCAUCAUUCAGAUGAAACACGACUAUGACAAGAUGUUCAAGCUCAGCGAGAAGAUCUUGCUGCUGUGUGUUGGAGAAGCAGGAGACACGGUGCAGUUUGCAGAGUACAUCCAGAAGAAUGUUCAGCUCUACAAGAUGAGGAAUGGUUAUGAACUCAGUCCAGCAGCAGCAGCAAACUUCACACGAAAGAACCUCGCAGACUACCUUCGGAGCAGGACUCCGUACCAUGUGAACCUGUUGCUGGCGGGCUACGAUGACACAGAUGGCCCGGGUCUCUUCUACAUGGACUACCUGUCCUCCCUGGCCAAGGCUCCCUUCGCUGCCCACGGCUACGGAGCCUUCCUCACUCUCUCUAUUCUUGACCGCUACUACAAACCAGAUCUGACCCGAGAGGAGGCAGUGGAUCUGCUGAAGAAGUGCAUCGAGGAACUGAACAAGCGCUUCAUCAUGAACCUCCCCUCCUUCACCGUCCGUUUGAUUGACAAGGAGGGCAUCCAUGACCUGGAGAAGCUCACCCACGGCGCCAAGUGACCGCUCACUGCUUAACUCCCAGCCCCGACGCCCUCGAUCUUUCUUUUUUUUUUUUGUACUGCUGACCUCCUUGCUCUUUCUGUUCCAAUAAAAAAAAGUGACACACACAGUUGAGAUACAA